AGUGGAAACUAUUCAGUGAACUUAACUGUACUGUUGAGGAUAAACUUAUAAACAUGUUGACACCUAAAACAGUGGGAAUUGGGCAUUGGAUGGAACUUGGUAGAGAAUUUGAAAUGGAUGAAGAUGUUCUUAAAGCACUUGACAAAGACCAAGCUAGMCAGGUUUUACAGUACAUUAAAUCUAGUUGCCCAGAACUCACAGUCUUUGAGUUCUGUGAGAAACUAAAAAAAGAUACAAUGAAGCAAAAGAAAAUAGUUAAAUUCCUUGAGAAUGAAUUAACUAAGACAAAAAAGAAUGCAAAAUCAGUUAUGGAUGCCAGUAACAGACCUGAUAGUGGUAUAAGUGAAGAAUCUGAUUCGGAUGGUGGUCCACUGAGAGAAAACCUACCACCUGAUGAUGGUCCUGUAAAAGCAGCAGCUUCAAGUAAACUUUGUCCUCCAAUAAACCCUGCAUUACUUAACCUUAGUUAUGCUGAUUCCAGCCGAGAAGCUUCUAGGGAAAGUUCUUUGGAGGAUUUACGAACCUCAAUUUUAACCAAUGUCCAGAAUAAUUCUAAGCCUGUGGAAGAAAAACGUCCUAGAUUGAAAUCAUUUGUGAAAAGAAAAAAGAGUGAAGAUAUUUCUCAAAAUAGUUCUGAAGAAGACAAUGAUUCUAAAGAUGAAAGAAAACAAGAUCAGAAGUCUGAUGUGAGAAAGAAAUCAAGAUAUGGUAGACAAACAAGCAAGGAUUCUCAGAAAAGUGAAGACAAUGAAGAAGUUGAUACUAGGGAGCGCAAAAGAUCUCGCAGUUCAUCAAUUGCUAGUAGUAUUAAAGGAAUAGUACUGAGACAGCAAUCGGUAGAUUAUUCCCAAUUAGAUCACCACCAUGAAGAGAGUGACAAUGACAUCCAUACUUGAUGAUGAAAGUACACGCAGACAAUAUUAGAAUUAUAUUAUUCACCAUUAGAUCACCACCAUGAAGAGUGUGACAAUGACAUCCAUACUUGAUGAUGAAAGUACACGCAGACAAUAUUAGAAUUAUAUUAUUCACCAUUAGAUCACCA